AUGGGCACAGCUUACUCAUACGAUGGAUUGGCAGUUCGGAUAUGCGUUUGUGGGGAUGAAGGGACUGGGAAAUCUAGCUUGAUCACCUCCCUAGUAAAGGGAGUAUUUGUGACAAACAAAAUACAGCCGGUGCUUCCUCAAGUUACGAUUCCACCGACGAUUGGCACGCCCGAAAAUGUGACCACUACCACCAUCGUCGACACCUCCGCCUUACCCCAAGAACGAAACAACCUCGCCAAGGAACUUCGCAAAUCCAAUGUGAUACUACUGGUAUACUCAGACCAUUAUAGCUAUGAAAGAGUUGCGCUAUUUUGGCUGCCAUACUUCCGGUCCUUGGGUGUCAAUGUUCCAGUUGUGUUAUGUGCCAAUAAGUCAGACUUGACACCGGAGGGAAGUAGUCAACAGACGGUAGAGGACGAAAUGCUACCAAUAAUGACUGAAUUCAAAGAGAUUGACUCUUGCAUACGAAGUAGCGCUAGGGAACAUCGGAAUGUGAAUGAAGCCUUCUUCUUGUGUCAAAAGGCGGUCACCUAUCCUAUCGCCCCUCUGUUUGAUUCAAAAGAAUCAGUUUUGAAACCGGCAGCCGUGAAUGCCCUGCAACGCAUCUUCUACCUAUGUGACAAAGACCACAAUGGGUACUUGAGCGAUAGAGAAAUUGACGAUUUCCAGGUAAAAUGUUUUGGGAAACCGUUGAAUGACGAUGACCUCGCGCAUAUAAAAGAGACUAUUCAAAGGACGUGCCCUGGCUCGGUCACCCCGUCAGGAAUAGAUUCUCAAGGAUUUUUACAUCUUAACAAGUUAUACGUGGAAAAAGGUCGACAUGAAACUGUCUGGAUCAUUCUUCGCGCCUUUCAAUAUACCGACAACCUGUCAUUGCAGGAAGAUUUUCUUCAUCCUCGACUGGAGGUUCCUCCUUUUGCUUCAGCAGAGCUCUCCCCUGCCGGUUAUCGCUUUUUCGUUGAUUUGUUUUUGCUUUGUGAUAAGGACAACGACGGCGGCUUGAAUGAUGCUGAGCUUGCUUCUCUGUUUGCCCCUACUCCGGGCCUUCCAACCUCUUGGGCCGAUGGUUCCUUCCCGUCGUCUACAGUGCGAAACGAGGCUGGGCACUAUCUCACCUAUCUCGGCUUCGAGUCCACUGACCGUAGCAACCCUUCGACCACGGCGGCAUUGAAAAUCACAAAGCCACGCAAACGGCGGCGACGGCCCGGGCGAGUUGGGCGUAAUGUUGUGCUCUGUCAUGUUUUGGGUGCACCGGGGUCCGGCAAGUCCGCGCUUCUCGAUGCGUUCCUCUCCCGUGGGUUUGGCCCUACAUCCCACCCAACAAUUCAACCUAGCACGGCGGUGAAUACAGUGGAACUUCCAGGCGGUCGUCAAUGCUACUUGAUUCUCGAUGAGCUUGGCGAGUUGGAGCCUGCGAUAUUAGACAAUAAGACGAAACUUUUAGACCAAUGCGACGUGGUCGCAUAUACUUAUGAUUCAUCUGACCCCGACUCUUUUGCUUAUAUCCCAACUCUCCGCGCGAAAUAUCCACACCUUGAGGAGCUCCCAAGCGUCUUUAUUGCUUUGAAAGCUGACCUGGACCGCACGACCCAGCGUGCUGAAAGUCAACCUGAUGAGUAUACCAGCCGAUUAAACAUGCCCGGCCCUCCUUUACAUGUCAGCGUGACCUGGAACUCGAUCCAGGAACUAUUUGUACAUAUUGCAGAAGCAGCCAUGGAGCCCAGCACUGCAUUCCCAAGGUCAGAAGAAGAUGUGGAAGGGAAAUGGAUGGCUUGGGGCAUUGCGCUUGGAGCCAUCGUUUGCGCUGGAGCUGCGGCUGUUGUCAUAUGGCGCCGCGUGUCGGGAAGCGCCAAUUGA